AUAACUGACACCUGUUAAGGUUUAUAAACACCAGCUCGUACGAGGGAGUUGCUAAGUUUAUACCAGCAGUAAAAGUCCAUAAAAGUGCACUGAAAGUGUUUUUUACUUCUGGUUUUAAAGUGACCGAGAUUGAUUUCAAAAGGUGCAAAGUACAAUAAUGGAAUACUGGUUUUCCUUAUUGUCAUAAAUGUGGUAAAAGAACAAGCUGGUAUUCGUUAAAGAGCAAGCGAAGGGCAAGGGCAAAGGGAAGCCAUUUUGGCCACUGGUACAACGAUGAGCGCGGCCAUCUUCGAGCAGCACGCCGCCGGUGCGGCGAUGACAGGCAACAACAAUUGGUCCAGUGGUUUCACCGCUGUUGUUUUGGAGUUGGAAAGAAAUGCUACUCUUGCUUCCGGUUCUGCAACCCCCGAAUGGUUCUCGGGGACAUUAUUUUCGAGCAUUUUGCAAGAUGUCGGGCGGAUGUUCUAUAUCAUCAAGCCUUCAGAGACUACGUUUGAGCAUCCUCAUGAAGUUCCAAAGUAUUUUACUCAGGCAUGGCCCUACUUUCUAGUCUUCAUGAUCUUGGAGAACUUCUUGCUGUGGUUGGAGCGCAAACCUACGCAUCGACUCAACGACAGCAUCACUAGCAUCAGUCAGGGAUUAGUGCAAGAAUGUGGCAGAUUAUUGGUGCGUGGCGCGGAAAGUUAUUCCUAUAUGUACAUCUACGAGCACUUCCGGCUUGUGGAGAUGUCCUGGAACGAGCCCUACGUUUGGUAUCUGACCGCAAUCGGCGUCGACUUUUGCUAUUAUUGGGUCCAUCGAGCAUGUCACGAAAUUCAUAUAUUAUGGGCCCAACAUCAAGUCCAUCACUCAUCGGAAGAAUUCAACCUGGCUGUUGGCUUACGCCAAUCAGCUUUACAAGGCUGGUGCGGUUUUGUCUUCUAUCUGCCACUUGCGGUGUGUAUUCCGCCCUCGCUUUUCAUCACACACCAACAAUUCAAUCUACUCUACCAAUUCUGGAUCCACACGCAAGCAGUGAAAACCCUCGGUCCUCUAGAAUAUAUCUUUAAUACACCGAAGCACCAUCGUGUGCAUCAUGGUUCCAAUAUUUACUGCCUUGAUAAGAACUAUGGAGGAGUCCUUAUUAUCUGGGACAGAAUGUUUGGUACUUUCGCCGAUGAGGCUCAAGAUGAAGAAAUUAUCUAUGGCUUGGUUUAUAAUCAACCUUCGUUUAAUCCAGCUCAUUUACAAACUUUUUAUACUCAUUAUGUGAUUGAAAAAUUCCUGAGUAUGUCAACGUGGAGUGACAGAUUUGCGUCGAUAUUCUACGGUCCCAGUUGGCAGCCGGGAAAACCGCGCCUUGGGCUGGACGAAGACAAAGUUAAGGUGGUGGCAAGGGAAAAAUACGAUGUGAAACUACCCCUUUGGUGUAACGCCUACAUCCUAGUGCACUUUUGCGUGGUGGUUUACGGAUUCCACGAACUUGCUGCUCGACAUGUGACGAUGAAUCCUUUCGCUGUGCUGACAUUCGUCCUGUAUAUCAUCGGUUCAUUGACCACAAUCGGCAUGCUCUUCGAAAACAAGCCACAUGCUUGCGUUUUCGAACUACUUCGUUGUAUGAUUUUGGUCACAGCAGUGCAACGCUUGGAAUUUCCGGAUGUCGACGCGAAUAUCCUGCUUGCUGUCGAGGUGUUUUUCCUGACGUCCGGUCUGUUUUGGUUGUUGCAGUGCAUGAAGGUUUUACAGAUCACUAAGCAAAAAACCCAUUAAAUACAAACUGCACAAAAACACACCCAAAUAAUCCACGUUGAUAUACUGGCUAAAAUUUAUAUUGAAAUUAAAAUUUUUACCUGAAGAGGCAGAAAAUCUAAAAAGAGGCAAAUGUUAAAGUUUAGAUAUUGUGAUAAUUUUAAUUGUGAUGUAUUAUUAUAAUGAUAACAGAAUAUACGUACGCAAAAAGUCAUGAUUAGAAAUAAUUAUGAAUUAUGAAUAGUUAAAGGUGAUUGGAAGUUAGUUCUAUAAUUAGAUACAAAUUGAACUGUUUUAAAUAUUUCUCAAAAUGUUGUUAAAUGUUUAAGUAAUUAGUAUUAAGCAUUUUGUAUUAAAUAUUGCUGAAUAACAUGAUAAAAAUAAAUUUUAUGAAAUACACAA